GCCUUGUUGGGGUGUCGGCUGUCUGCGCCCAAUUCCGCACUCCCGCACUCCCGCGGCACCGUACGUGACGUCAAACCCAUCCAACACCGCGUCCGUGCCGAGAAGCCCGAGUCAUGCCCCAGAGAUAUUUAUACCACCAUUCAUCCCCAACUGAACAGCACAGAUCAACGAAGAAUAAGCACGGACCAUGUCAAGCGAAGCUCAGAUCACAGUUGGGGAGUACCUCCUUAGGAGAUUGAGAGAAUUGGGCGUCGGAGCUAUCCACGGUGUCCCCGGUGACUUCAACCUCGCCUUCCUCGACUUGAUUGAUAACGUCGAUGGUCUCUACUGGGUCGGCAACGCAAACGAACUAAACGCAGCCUACGCCGCCGACGGCUACGCCCGCGUCCACAACAACAUCUCCGCCCUCAUCACAACCUUCGGCGUAGGCGAACUCUCCGCGCUCAACGGCGUAGCAGGCGCAUACUCCGAACACGUCCCCCUCGUCCACAUCGUCGGACAACCCUCCACCUCUUCCCAAAAAAGUGGAGCAUUAUUGCACCAUACUCUGGGAAACGGGGAUUUUGGGACGUUUGAGAAAAUGAGUACGGGGGUUAGUUGCGCAAAGGUUCUGCUUGGAGCUGGGGACGAGGGUGAGGCGGAGGGGAUUGAUAGGGUUUUGAGGGAGUGUUAUGUUAAGGCUAGGCCGGUUUAUGUUGGGUUGCCGACGGAUGUUGCGUUUAAGAAGAUUUCGGCGAAGCCGUUGGGGAAGAAGAUCGAUUUGAGUUUGCCGGAGAAUGAUAAGGAGACUGAAGAUUAUGUCGUCAAGGAGAUCCUCAAGCUUCUCCACUCUGCCAAAAACCCAAUCAUCCUCUCCGACGCUUGUGCGAUUCGUCAUCGCGUCACCGGCCUCCUCCACACCCUCCUCGACAAAACCAACCUCCCAGCCUUCGUCGCCCCCAUGGGGAAAUCCUCCGUCAACGAAACCCACGAACGCUUUGGCGGUGUCUACGCCGGUUCCGUAAGUCUCCCCGAAGUCAAAGAACUCGUGGAGGGCGCGGAUUUAGUGUUGAAUGUGGGUGCGUUAAAGAGUGAUUUCAACACCGGGAGUUUCAGUUAUCACACGAGGCAGGUUAACACAGUCGAGUUCCACUCUGACCACAUCAAGAUCGGAUACGCUGUUUUCCCGAAUAUCGGGAUGACGCAUGUCUUGGAGCGAAUCAUCGACGAGAUGGACGUCGAGAAGAUCCGUGCCACUACGACUGCGAAGGAAGAUGUCCCCAAAUUCUCGAAUUCGACGCCGACGACCCCGCAGAAAGAGAUUUUGCACGAGUGGUUUUGGCCGAAGGUUGGGCAGUUUUUGAGGGAGGGGGAUGUUGUCGUCACCGAGACUGGUACUGCCAAUUUUGGGAUUUUGGAUGCGAGGUUUCCGGAUGGGGUUAUUCAUGUUUCGCAAGUUCUCUGGGGAAGUAUCGGAUUCUCCGUCCCAGCAACCCUCGGCGCCGCUCUCGCCGCCAAAGAACUCGACGCGGACAAAGACCCCAAAUCCAAGCGUCGCGUAAUCCUCUUCGUCGGUGACGGAUCCCUCCAACUCACCGUCCAAGAAAUCUCAACCAUGAUCCGCCACAACCUCUCCCCAAUCCUCUUCAUCCUCAACAACGAAGGCUACACAAUCGAACGUUACAUCCACGGCGAAACCGCCUCGUACAACGACAUCGCGUCCUGGAAAUUCCGUCAACUUCUCGAUGUCUUUGGUGGGUCUCCGGAGAAGAGCAGGAAUUGGCUCGUCAAGACGCCGGGAGAGGUGGAGAGGUUGUUUGGGGAUGAGGAGUUUUUGGCGGGGAGUGGGGAAGGGAAGAUUCAGGUUGUGGAGGUUGUUAUGCCGAGGAUGGAUGCGCCGAGGGCGUUGAAGUUGCAGGCGGAGUUGACGGCGAAGUAUAACUCGGAGCAGUAA